AUGGAAACUUUUACCGUGCAAGAAACUGGAAGAACGAUCGCUGAUGGCAGUUCGAUGACCUUAUUCAAUAAGGCACUAUCUUCCUACUAUAUGAGUUCGGCUGGCAGUUGUCCAGGGCAGCCUCCGUAUCUGGCCGGCUGUAUCAUGGACUGCCCCUCUGUCGUCUCUUCCUUGACACGAGGUUUGGGUUUGGACGGGGCUUUAUCUAGUUCUAACAACCGAACCCCGGUCUUGAAGAAGUGUAGACGAACCGUGACGCCAGAGUUGAACCGAACAGGAUCUAAGACCCACAGAUGUCUGGUAAUUAGAAAAAACUGUUACGACACGGCUGUGAGAGCAUCUCACAUCAAACUAUUGCUUUCUCAAUCCCGCCGCAACAGCAUUGAUCAUUUCAACGAACGAGGCCAUGGAAUUUAUGGGGUAAUUGUUAGAGGUGUACUAGAUGGAUUCAUAAUGAUUUAUGAUUGA